UUCACACACAAGUUGGACCACACGAUCACUGUUGAGCAAGAUGUCCUUGAAGCUUUACGGUCAUCCCUUGUCGACUUGCACGCAUCUCGUAGCCGUCGUUUGCAAGGAGAAACGCGUCUCAUACGAGUACAUCGAGAUUGACGUGUUCAAGGGCGAGCAGAAGGCGCCAGAGUUCGUUGUCGUGCAUCCCUUUGCCCAGGUUCCUUAUAUCGACGAUGAUGGCUUCAAGUUGUUCGAGUCGCGUGCCAUCGCCCGCUACCUAGCCAAGAAGUAUACCUGCCAGGGCACAGAGCUCAUCCCUUCAGACCCGCUUGAGGUGGCCAUCUUCGAACAGGGGGCAUCUAUCGAGACUUUCAACUUUUUCCCCUUAGCGCAACGAUUUGCCAGGGAGUUGCUUUUUAACCCGAUGCAAGGCUUCGCUUCCGAUGAGGGUCGUGCCAAAGAGGCCUAUGCUAAGCUUAACGCCAACCUCGACGCGUACGAUGAGAUCCUCGGAAGGCAAAGGUACAUUGGUGGUAACAUGAUCACCCUCGCAGAUCUGUUUCACGUCCCAUAUGGCUCUCUUUUGGUCCAAAUCGGCCGGGGUGAAGUGUUCGAGUCGCGUGCCAACGUGGCCAGGUGGUGGAAGGAGAUCUCAUCCAGACCAUCUUGGCUGGCUGUUCAGGAAGAGUUCAAACUGCAUGAAUAUAAGUUCACAUCUGUUUAGAAGCGGACGGCACAUAUGGCUUACGAAACGAUUGCCCAACAUUUGUAAUGUGAAGCACGGAUCUGUACAUAUCAUGAACAACACGCCAAUGGUUAGUACCUUUCUGUGGGUAUCCCACGGUGGAGCGA